UUCUUCUCGUUCUUGCUACGUGGCAACGACAAGCACCUCCUUCUUAUGCCAUGCCAAGAGCAUCGGAGAAAGAGAGUCCUCCAUUUCCAUCAAAUUAAGAAAUAGAAAUAAAACAACAUUACGGCACAGGGCGGCGAGCCUUUCUGUGGUCGAUGUGUCUCUGAAUCUCACAAGUUUGUCAUCAUACUCGCUCUCUCUGCUUUCUCGUGGCAUUUUGCGAGAAGGCGUGAGUCUUGUAAAAGGCACUGGAGUUCUUCUCCGCAGUAUACUGUGCUUUCUAUGGGCUUUGAGAGAUUGGCUUUUUAUCUAAACAUUUGAUAGCGACAUUUCUUCUUUUGUCAUGGGGCUUUUCAAAGGCUCUUAUCCUGUGUGUCCUAGGAAUUUACAUUGCUCAGAAUGGGCUAGGACCUACAUGAAGUAUUGUCUUUGCAGUGCGAAGGAUGGAGCCUCUUUAACCCUAGGCUUGAUUAGUGUCAUCAGUUGGGGUGUUGCUGAGGUACCUCAAAUCAUCACAAACUACAAGAAAAAGUCUACAGAGAGCCUUUCCAUUGCUUUCCUGAUAACAUGGAUAAUCGGAGAUCUUUUCAACCUUUUUGGCUGUUUGCUGGAGCCCGCUACCCUUCCAACACAAUACUAUAUGGCAAUGUUGUACACAUUAACGACCCUGAUUCUUGCUUUGCAAACUAUCUAUUAUAGCCGCAUUUAUCAUCUUCUAAAAUCCCAUAGACAUGGUCAUAAGAGCCCCAUACUCCCUGAAAUUGAUGCAGUUGAUAAGGAACAUUAUACUAACAAUUUUGGCAAGAAACAAAGCGCACUUGGUGAUAGAGGAGUUUUGCCAAGUUCACCAAUUCCUGUUUCUGUUCCGAGUCAUUCUCGUGAUGGUUCUUGCGGGAGAGAGUUGUAUUACAUGUCAGCAAGGUCUCUGUCAAGGAGCCAUACACCAACUGCAGGAUCGCAUUUAGCAUGUCCAUGUGGUUAUGAAGGAACAAAUUCUAUUUCUGAUCAUGAUUGCCGUUCCAUUGAAGAGCCCUUGCUUUCAAGGGUGGGUUCUAUGCAAUCAACACCACCUAUGAACACUAAAAAUAUGCUAUGUGUGGUAUCUGCUUUAACGUUCUUUCUCAGCACCUUUCGUCUCCAGCUUUCUGCAAAUAGCAGAUUUAGUAUGUAUUUAGAAAACCAGCCAGGAGGACAUGUUAUUCGAAUUGGAAGGAGGCUUUUACAGAAAAGUAGUGGACCAUUAUUGGAAAAUCAUGGUGAAGGGAGCAGCAGCGUUGGGACCUUCCUCGGUUGGGCAAUGGCAGCUAUAUACAUGGGUGGACGGCUUCCCCAGAUUUGGUUAAAUAUUAGAAGAGGACAUGUUGGGGGACUUAAUCCAUUAAUGUUUGUUUUUGCAUUAGUUGGAAAUGCAACUUACGUGGCAAGUAUCCUUGUUAGCAGUCUGAAUUUGUCUAAAAUCAGACCAAAUUUACCAUGGCUAGUUGAUGCAGGAGGAUGUAUACUUCUAGAUUGUUUUAUAAUUAUUCAGUUUAUCCAUUUCCGUUAUCGGAAACCCAAGGGUCCAAUAGACAAGCAUAAUGACAUCAGUUUUACUUAUUGACUGCCAAGUGGUUUGCAAUAAUUGUCCGGUGAUGGAAUUCAAAAUGGGACAAGAGUUGAUUGGCAUGAAGUUGGAUGAUGUAUUAUUUUGACAGUGGUGGACGACAGCGUAUUUCUGUCAUCUCUUACACCCAUCCGAUGUUGUCUCAAUCAUCCUUUUCUCUAGAAAAAAUUUUUGGUCCCUUCAUUGUGUCAAGAGUCAUUUUUGGAAUGUGAUUAUGAUAAGUAAAAUACCAUUACAAUUUCUUUCGGUUCUA